AUGACUUUCGACCCCAGAGAACUAGUUCUCCAGCAGCUGCGUCGCAGCACCUUUGUCAUCCCGGACUUGAAGGGAUGUUUCAGGGACUGGCCGGUUGAGUGCAGCCCGCACCUGGACCAGAUCCGUAAGGACGUCCACGCUUGGUUGGAAGAGACUCUCGGCGAGGGCAGAGCACUCCAGAUCUCCAAGCGCGCAGACUUCGGCCUCUUUGGUGCUACCGAGUGGCCAUACGCCAGCUACGAGCGGUGCCGUAUCGCAUGUCUCUUCUGCGCCUGGGUCUUCACAUGGGACGACGAGAUCGACUCGUCACUGGGUUCUAUGGGUGAUGACCUGGAGAGCGCACAAACCUACCGCUUCGAGACGAUCCAGUUCGUCAAGGAGACCCUCGGACUGGCGCCGCGCAGCGCCACACCCCCCUCCAACAAGAUCAUUCGUAACUUCGAGGUUGUCGGCGACGCGCUGCGGGAGGCAUACACAGUGGAGCAGAGGCAGCGUUUCUUCGCUGAGGUGGAUCGCUUCAUGAGGGGCACCGAGGACGAGCAGCGCCGCCGACUGUUGUCGCGUGACCUGCCCACCCUUGAGCAGUUCUGGAAGUACCGCCUGGGUUCCAGCGCUGUCAACAUCUGUACUUCGCUGAUCGAGUACGGGUUUGGUGACAUGGCCUUGCCCGCGGCCAUUUGGGAGGAUGAGGACAUGAAGACCAUCGAGCGCAACACCAACAUCCACCUGUCCGGACUGAACGACCUGUACUCCAUCAAGAAGGAAGUCGCCAUCAACGCCGUCGAGUCCCUAAUUCCUAUCCUUCUCGCCAACAAGCUGGUCCCUGACCUCCCGGAGGCUGUCGACCAUGUCGCCCAGUACGUCGCCGACCGUUCCGCCGAGAUGGACGAGUGUGCCGAGCGUCUGCUGCAGCGUUAUCCUCAGCAUGCGUACGACCUGCGCCGCUUCGUCGACAACUGCCGCUGCAUGUGCACUGGCAACCGUACCUGGAGCCUUAGCACUGGCCGAUACGGCAUCACCGAGCGCGACAUCAAUGAGGAUGGCACCAUCUUCAUGGAUCUCGCCGAGCUUUGUAUCAAGGGCGAGCCUGAGAGGCGCCCUGACAGCCCGGAGGAGAUGUGUUAA